GGCUCCGUCUUUCGUAAACACAUCGUCAGUACACAUUUUUCCGACGUCGAGUCGAAACGUUCCUUUAGAUUUUCCUCGUUUGAUAAACCGGCUUCACCAUGUCUUCCGAAGGCUUCUCGUCAGAGGAACUGGACGCGAUGCCGGACCGAAUAUCAGAUACUUUCAAGGGGCUGACUCUACUCGUAACUGGUGGUACGGGAUUCAUGGGGAAGGUGCUGGUGGAGAAACUUUUAAGAAAAUGUCCGAAUAUUGGAAAAAUUAUGCUGCUAGUCCGUCCGAAGAAAGGGAAGUUACCGAAACAGCGCUUGGAAGAAAUGCUCAAUGACGCGCUCUUCGAGAAACUCCGAACGAUGCGUGGUGGCAUUGAACCACUGUUGGAAAAAUUACAAAUCAUCAGUGGCGACGCCUCGGCCCCAGACUUGGCGAUCAGUCAUGAUGACAGGGAAUUGAUAAUAGAUAAUGUGAACAUCAUUAUUCAUGCUGCAGCCACCAUCAGAUUCGACGAGGAAUUGAAAAAGGCAGUGCUACUCAACGUCCGAGGCACGAAACUGGUACUCAAACUGGCCAAGCAGUGUAAACAUCUUCAACUCUUCAUCCAUAUUUCAACGGCCUACUGCCACUUGCACGAGAAACUUCUAGAAGAGAGACCGUACCCCCCACCAGCUGAUCCUCACAAGAUCAUCGAAGCCGUAGAGUGGAUGGAUGAAGAAACAAUUGCUACCAUUACACCUAAGUUGUUAAGCAAGCUGCCUAAUUCCUAUGCAUUCACGAAAGCUUUGGGCGAAGCUCUCGCUGUCGAAGCUAUGGAACACAUACCUGUUAUAAUCCUGAGACCUUCCAUUGUGAUACCCAUAUGGCAAGAACCGGUGCCUGGUUGGACUGACAACAUCAACGGACCGACGGGUCUUCUGAUAGGUGCCGGAAAGGGUGUUAUCAGAUCUAUGUAUUGUAAAGGAAAUAGUUACGCUGAUUAUUUACCGGUUGACGUUUUUAUAAACGGUAUCAUGAUUUGCGUUUGGAACUAUAUCAAAAAUGGUGAUACGAAAUCGAACGUCGUCAACUUCACAUCAUCAGCCGAGAUAAAAGUGACGUGGAUUGAAAUGAUCGACGCUGGCCGUGACAUCAUCAUGAACAGAGUGCCACUCAACGGUGUGGUAUGGUAUCCUGGAGGAUCAAUGAAACACUCCAGGCUUUACCAUAACAUAUGCGCCCUGUUCUUCCACUGGAUUCCAGCUCUCCUUAUCGACACCCUGCUGUUCUGUCUCGGUUAUAAGCCUGUAUUGAUGCGCGUACAUCGUCGCAUAAGCAAGGGCUUCGACGUUUUCGAAUAUUACACGAACAACCAAUGGGACUUCAAAUCGGACAUCGCACAGGCUGUCCGGAAAAUUCUCAAUCCGAGGGAACGGAGGGAUUACAAAAUUGAUGCUAUCGGUUUAGAUAUUUCCAAGUAUUUCGAAGAUUGCAUCAGGGCUGCGAGAAUAUUUAUUCUUAAGGAAUACGACGACACUCUUCCAGCUGCACGACGUCAUAUGAAUGUGAUGUGGUUCGUUGACCUGGUUACGAGGUUCAUAUUCUGGGGUUUGAUUCUCUACUGGUUCAGCGGUUGGAUGUCAACGGUGUACACAUUUCUCGUCGGCACCAGCGAUAUUACCACAAAAAUUAUUGAGUGAUAACGCUACUUGAAUAUAGUUGAUUUGUUAGCUUUAUUAGAUAUUAUAAACUUUAAUGAUAUUAUUUCUUAAUUAUAAUAUAUAAUAUAAGAAUAUACAGUAUUAUUAUAGUCAUUAUAAACGAAUCAGUUAAAAUUGUUUAUCAAUAAGAACGCGUCUCGUAUUCAAAUGGACAAAUUUAAUUGUAGAUGGGAUUGUGGUUGUAUUUUGCUGCUGGUGCUGCUUGUAUUUUAGAAGAAUAUGGUCUUUAAACAUGUUCUAUUCUCCUGGGUAUACUCGAUAUGUAACAAAAAUGUAAUAUUAAAAAAGUUCCAAUCAACUCGUUUCCAAAGGAAACUCUUCAAAAAAAUCACCAAGAAUUACACAAUAUUGUAACAAUUUUUAUAAACGACUUACGACAGAAAAUCUGUCGUGAUUUUUUCUUAGGUGUGGUGGCAGCUUUACUUCAACGUAUUUACAAAAAUAUAUAUUUUUUUGUGUUCGUUUACGAUUCCUUUGAAUUGUUAUUAAAUAAAAUUGUUCAUCUAUUUUAUAUUCGUGUAUUUGUUGUGGUUUUGGAAUAAAUAUUAUUUUAGAUUGGUGAAAAUAAUACGGUAUUUAAGCGCUAUUUUAAACUAUUCUGAAAUGAUCGAUGUUGAAAAUAGAUUUUUAGAUUAUUAGCCAAUCAGCGUUAAGGUUUACAGUUGUAAAAAAUAUUAAUUUUAUAGGAAACGUAAGACUGUCUUCAUGAAAAUAGUUUUCGAAUUCGUAUUAAGUUUUUACAAGGAUAAGGAUUUAUGAU